AUGGCGUCUUCAAGGAGCUUGAAGCUGGCAUAUGCCAUGCUUAUAGUGAUGGUAGUUGGUGCACCCCUAGCACAAGCAGCCAUCUCAUGUGGUCAAGUCACAAGCAGCUUGUCACAGUGCAUAGGCUACCUCCAGAAAGGUGGGGCUGUGCCUCCACCUUGCUGCGGUGGGAUCAAAUCACUCAAUUCUCAAGCCAGGACCACCCCUGACCGCCAAGGGGUUUGCAACUGCUUGAAAUCCUUGGCUGGUCAGGUCUCUGGUAUCAACUAUGGCUUCGCAGCUGGCCUCCCUUCCAAAUGUGGUGUAUCCGUUCCCUACAAAAUCAGCCCUUCCACUGAUUGCGCCAGCCAAAAGUGCACAUUUGUUCGAUUGGAGAGCAAAUUGACUGCACCAUUGGCCCUCUCACACAGCCGAAGCAGCGGUGAAGGUGCUUUCCUCCUACCCAACCGAUGCACUCUAUCUGACCACCGAAAGGAUUGGCUGUCCUGCCAUCUCCAACCCAUUCAGAUAAUGGCGUCUUCAAGGAGCUUGAAGCUGGCAUAUGCCAUGCUUAUAGUGAUGGUAGUUGGUGCACCCCUAGCACAAGCAGCCAUCUCAUGUGGUCAAGUCACAAGCAGCUUGUCACAAUGCAUGGGCUACCUCCAGAGAGGUGGGGCUGUGCCUCCACCUUGCUGCGGUGGGAUCAAAUCUCUCAAUUCUCAAGCCAACAGCACCCCUGACCGCCAAGGGGUUUGCAACUGCUUGAAAUCCUUGGCUGGUCAGGUCUCUGGUAUCAACUAUGGCUUCGCUGCUGGCCUCCCUUCCAAGUGUGGUGUAUCCGUUCCCUACAAAAUCAGCCCUUCCACUGAUUGCGCCAGUAUGAAGUGA